AUGAUGCAUUCCUCAGAUCAUCUGAAACUUCAUGUGCUUCUCCUAGUGAUCACACGGAGCGUCGCCUUUCAAUCAUUUGGCAGCAUCAGAUCAGUUGUCCACGAAAUCUCACCUAUCGCCAAUAAGUCUCAACAGUAUUAUCUGCCACGAGGACCUACUUCCACCACAAAGACCAUCACCUCUUUUCAGCACCGUGAUUCAGCAACGUCUUGUCUUUGGUCCACGUUGGUAAUAGCUGAAGAUCCGACAGUUUCCUUUGGAGUCUCAUUGGUAAAUGGGGCGAAUGGAAAAGGAGGUGGGACCGACAAUAAGGCCAAUGAUUCUAAACUUUCUCUGCACCCAACGGUAUCAUGGUUGCCUUCCUUUUCAUUAUCAUUCGACGACAAUGGUUCAUCAUUUGAGACAGUUCAUACAUUAUUACAAGGAAAAGAAGACGCUGAAAAUCUUAUAAUGAAUCUACCAAGGUUGGAUUCAGUGACUUGUUUGGGCAUUCAUGUGGUGCUUGGUGCGUCAUCAUCCAGCGAGCGACAACAACAACAACAACAACAACAACAAAACAAAAUGGUGAUCGUGGCACCCGAAACUGCGCAACGUGUUGGUGGUCUGCUGCAAGAAAUUCUGGAUGCUACGGAAACGAUGACCCCUACCAAUGAUCAGCCGCUGACCAUUGUCAUGUCACUAGACUUGCCAGUGCAUCUUGCCAUGCUACGAGCCAAUUGCCUUCCCAAAACGAGAACGAACCGCCAGUUGUUUCAUGUACUUCAAGAACACACCAAAGGUGAAGGCUGUAGGAGUAUUUUGGCGGAGUACUUGUACGAUUGGAACAAUCCAUUUGGUGGCACGGAUCCUUUGGCAUGCCCAAGCCGUGAAUUCUGUAAUAGUUCCUUGCUGCAGAAUGAGGAUGAUUCACCAUCACUGAACAAAAAAAAUAAUGGUCCAAAUGUCGCGGCAGCCCUUACAGCUUUACUAGGACUGGGCUUGGAACCAUCCGAUGCCUUGCGAGAUGCACAAAUUGUGGCGACCAGUGUAUCACAAGAGCAAAUUAAUGACUUUACAUGGAAAGACGGGGUACAACGAUUCCUGGCUUCGUAUUCAUCACACAAUGUCGAUAUUCGGAAUGAAGAUGGCCUACUGCGGAAAGCAUACAUUGAGUUUGGCUACAAAUGA